AUGAUGUUAUUUGGUGCAAUUUUUGAGAUCAUAAGUGCAACAUAUGAACUCGUGACGGUAGUAACCGAUGUCAUUCUUAAUUAUGAGUACAUCGAACGUCAUUGGGUUGAAGAAUAUCAAUUGUCGCUUGUAUUUCUCAUGUUUAAUGGGAUUGUCAUGGGAUUUCUAGGACUUGGACGAAACAAUUUGUCUCCGCAUCGUUGUGUUUUUAAGCGUCAAUGGAUGAACCAAGUACUAGGAUUUAGUAUUGGAGUACUCCAAAUGCGUGUCUUUGUCGAGACUCUCUAUGCAGUGAUUAGACGUAUCAUAAAGACUCGGGAAGUCAAGAAAAAUGGUCGAAAUGAACAUGACACAGGUCAGGAUGAUCCUGUCAAUGGGAUACAGACAUGUCGCUAUGAUGGAGACAGUGUAUCACGUGAAGUAAUGACGCAAUGGACAAAGCAGUGUAAUUCCAGUGUUUCGUACGUCACGUUCAUUCAAGUGAUUGUACGUGAUAUUCCAUUGUUCAUCCUACAAGCAAACGCUACGAUUCAUUAUCGCAAGUGGCAGUUUAUUGAUAUGUUCACGGUCAUGUCGACUUUUAUAAUGCUCCUGCGUGGCACAGCCGCGUAUGUGGCAAAAGAAGACAGAUUUGGUCUGAAAGUGGUGGCUUUUUGUUUUCUAGUAGGUCAGUUUGUAUUCCGUUUGGGAACGAUCUUACUUUUGGCAAUGACCAAGGGCUUGGCUAUUCUCGUCUAUGGACUCGUGAUCACGCUGUGUGCCAUCUUCUCGACUGCAAUGCUACGCUUGGCACACCCGAGUCAUCGAUUUGUUGGCCAGCUACAGGCAGUUCUUUUCUUCCCCUUCUACACGUUGUUUGUCAUUGAUGGCUCACAGCUGACUGCCCAAUGUGGAUCAGCUGUUCCAGCUUUACGCAGCAAGAAACUUGUGUACCUUCACCUUUGGCGCUGUCUGGAGAAUGUCGUGGGGAUUGUCCUAGCAGUGGUGCUUCCACGCUAUACCGAUUUUGGCGUCAGCUCGGAUGCGACCGUAGCGGUUAUUGGUGUGAUCUGUGCUGUCAUUUACGUCGUUACAGGAGCUGUCUUUCACUUCUGUUCUGGUAGCUGUGCCAAGCAUCAUGCCAAUAGCCUGGACACCACUAACAAUGGAGACGCUACCGCCGAGAAGCCUUAUUAUCAAGACACUAGCAGCUUGUAA